UGGGGGAUGCUAGGGGAAACAGGCGCUUAAACUCCAUCACGUUAAAGCUGCUUCCAUCACAACACACACACACACACACACACAUACACACACACACACACACAUACACGCGCGCGCGCUCUCGAGCAGUGUGUCGCUAGCUAGCUAGCCCGGACGCGUUCAAACCGAGCGGACCUUUAGCAGCCUGGUAGCGGGGGCUUCGGUGUAUACUCUCCGGCGGCGCCGCGGCUCCUCUCCUCCUCUCUGGCAGGCCAAGACAUGAGCUUCUCCCGCUGAGUGUUAUUGAUGCUGAACUGAGUGGUCCAGUGCUGCUGUCCUACAGUAUUUCCCCUUCCCUCAGUUAUCUGUUCCUCUGUCUGUCACCAGGUUUGUGAGCAGCCAUGACGAAGUCCUACGUGUUCAACUGGCAGAAGCACCUGCCCGAGUUCAUGCAGGAAGGCACCUCCUUCGACAGGUUUGAUGAGGACCCCUACUUCUUUGAGCCCAGUUGUCAGAUGAGGGUGGACGAGUAUGGCUUUUUCAUCACCUGGAAGAGCGAGGGAAAGGAAGGCCAGGUGCUCGAGUGUUCGCUCAUCAACAGUAUCCGAGUCGGUGCCGUCCCGAAGGACCCGAAGAUCUUGACGUCUUUCGAGGCCAUUGGAAAGACGGAGGCCGACUUGGAGGGUUGCAUCAUCUGCAUCUGCAGCGGCACAGACCUGGUCAACCUGAACUUCAUGUUCAUGGUGGCAGAGAGCCCAGACACAGCCAGGAAGUGGAUCGAGGGUUUGAGGUCUGUGAUUCACAACUUUAAGGCCAACAACGUCUGUCCAAUGACCUGCCUCAAGAAACAUUGGAUGAGAAUGUGCUUCUCGACCAACGUGAAUGGGAAGAUUCCUGUGAGAGGCAUUACACGCACAUUCGCAUCAGGGAAGACGGAGAAAGGGAUUUUCCAGGCUCUGAAGGACCUGGGCCUUCCCAGUGGAAAGAACGAUGAGAUUGAACCAGUAGAUUUCACUUAUGACAUUUUCUACGCGCUCACACAGAAGAUCUGCCCUCGCACCGACAUCGAAGAUCUCUUCAAGAAAAUCAAUGGGAACAAAACUGAUUAUUUAACUGUAGAACAGUUAGUCAGCUUUCUGAAUGAAAACCAGCGCGACCCCCGGUUAAAUGAGAUUCUGUUCCCGUUCUACGACCAUAAGCGAGCCAUGCAGAUCAUUGACAAAUACGAGCGAGAUGACGACCUGAAGAAGAAAGGUCAGAUGUCCAGUGACGGCUUCUGUCGGUACCUGAUGUCAGAUGAAAACGCUCCAGUUUUCUUGGACAAGCUGGAGUUGUAUCAGGAGAUGGACCACUCGCUGGCCCAUUACUUUAUCAGCUCCUCCCACAACACCUACCUGACGGGCCGACAGUUUGGAGGGAAGUCCUCCGUGGAGAUGUAUCGCCAGGUUCUCCUGUCAGGAUGCAGGUGUGUAGAGCUGGACUGCUGGGAUGGGAAAGGAGAGGACCAGGAGCCAAUCAUCACUCAUGGAAAGGCCAUGUGCACAGAUAUCUUGUUUAAGGAUGUUAUCCAAGCGAUCAAAGAUACGGCAUUUGUCACUUCGGAUUACCCAGUUAUUUUGUCCUUUGAAAAUCAUUGCUGUAAACCACAGCAGUACAAGAUGGCCAAAUAUUGUGAUGAGAUCUUUGGCGACUUCCUUCUCAAACUGCCUCUGGAUAAUUUUCCGAUUGAAUCUGGGCGCCCCUUGCCCUCUCCGAACGACCUCAAACGUAAAAUCCUCAUCAAAAACAAGCGCUUGAAACCUGAAGUGGAACAGAAGCAGCUGGAGGCCUUCAAGAAACACAUGGAGGCCGGUGAGACCAACACCCCAGCCAUCAUCAUGGGAGAGGAGAAUGAAGAAGAAACAGAGAACGGAGAAAAAGAUGCUGAGGAGAAAGAUUUGAAUUUGAAUUCGGAGGCAACGAGUGAGAAAGUAGCAAACAGUGUCCCCCAGGGUAACGCUGUCAGCACGAAGAAACCACGGGAACUCAGCAACAGUAUCAAGAAGGGACCCGAUGAUGAAGUGACGGAGAUGUCAGAAGCCACAGAAGCAACAGACGUUACAGACGUCUCUGAAGCGUCCGACCUAGACAACAACAAGAAGGCUGCAGAAGAAGCAGAAGACUCUGAAGAGGCUCUGAUCGCUCAGUACAAGUAUGUAGGAGCCACCACCAACAUCCACCCAUAUCUCUCAGCCAUGGUCAACUACGCACAGCCUGUCAAGUUCCAGAGUUUUGAUGUGGCAGAGGAAAGAAACAUCCAUCAUAACAUGUCAUCUUUCAACGAGUCUGUCGGCCUGGGUUACCUGAAGACCAACGCCAUCGAGUUUGUCAACUACAACAAGCGUCAGAUGAGCCGGAUCUACCCCAAAGGGGGCCGGGUGGACUCCAGUAAUUACAUGCCUCAGAUCUUCUGGAACGCAGGCUGCCAGAUGGUCUCACUGAACUUCCAGACCCCAGACCUGGCCAUGCAGUUGAACCAGGGAAAGUACGAAUACAACGGCUCCUGCGGGUACCUGCUGAAGCCUGACUUCAUGCGGAGGUCAGACAGGAUGUUUGACCCCUUCUCAGAGACACCAGUGGAUGGUGUCAUCGCUGCAACCUGCAGUGUACAGGUAUUCUCUGGUCAGUUCCUCUCCGACAAGAAGAUUGGCACGUAUGUUGAAGUGGACAUGUAUGGGCUGCCGACAGACACCAUCAGGAAAGAGUUUCGCACACGCAUGGUGAUGAACAAUGGGCUGAACCCCGCCUACAAUGAGGAGCCCUUCGUCUUCAGAAAGGUGAUCUUACCGGAUCUGGCGGUACUGCGCAUCGCCGUUUACGACGACAACAACAAGCUGAUUGGCCAGCGCAUCCUGCCUCUGGAUGGCCUGCAGGCCGGCUACCGCCACAUCUCUCUGAGGAACGAGGGCAACAAACCCCUGUCGUUGCCAACUAUCUUCUGCCAAAUCAUCCUCAAGACCUAUGUGCCCGACGGCUUUGGAGCAAUUGUGGAUGCUCUAUCAGACCCAAAGAAGUUUUUGACCAUAGCAGAGAAGAGAGCUGACCAGAUGAAAGCACUGGGGAUUGACACGAACGACAUAGCAGACGUUCCCAGUGGCAGCUCCAAGAACGACAAGAAGGGAAAGGGUAAAGGAGACACGGUGAAGACCAGUGUGACACCGCAGACCAGCUCAGACAUGGGCCAGUCCUCCAACUCCGCCCAGAAUAACACAGCCGAAAGCAAGAAGGAUAAUACACUGGUGCCUAAUAUCAACAUUGAUGACUUAAAACAAAUGAAGACGUACCUUAAACUGAUUAAAAAGCAACAGAAGGAGCUGAGCACUUUAAAGAAGAAACAUGUUAAGGAUCAAAAUAUAAUGCAGAAAGCCCACUGCAGUCAGAUGGAAAAGUUGGUCUCUCUGAAUGAUAAGGAAAAGACAAACCUGGAGAAAAUGUUGGAGAAAGCCAUCAAGAAACGUGGGGAAAACAACUGCCAAGAGCUGAAGAAGGAGACAGAAGAUAAGAUCCAAACACUCGUAACUGAACAUACAGCCAAGGUGAAGAACAUCACAGCACAGCACACUAAAGAGUGGUCAGAGCUGAGCAGCAGUCACAGUUGCGAGGAGCAGGAGAUGAAGGACAACCACGUCACACAACAGUGUGAACACCUCAAGAAACUCCUGACCACGGUCCAGGAGCAGCAGACCGUGCAGCUCAAACUCAUUCAUGAGCGGCAAAGCAAAGAGAUGCGGGCCAACCAGGCUAAGAUGUCCAUGGAAAACAGUAAAGCCAUCAGCCAGGACAAGACCAUCAAAAACAAGGCAGAGAGAGAGAGGAGAGUGCGAGAGUUAAACAGCAGCAACACCAAGAAGUUCCUGGAUGAAAGGAAGAGGCUGGCUAUGAAGCAACAGAAGGAGCUGGAGCAGCUAGAGAAAAACCAGAGAGAACAGUCGGAGAAACUUGAGAAGUUCAACGAGCAGCUUUUGAAAUCACACCAUGCAAACAAACAGGUUCAAGGCCAAGGACAUGCAGCAGAUGGUGAAGCUGGAGGAGGAGAUGGACCGCAGGCCUGCCACGAUGGUGUGAGCGACUGAGACAAAAGCACACACGCAGGUGCCGAAACACUCCGCCGCUGACAGCCCUCACAAAACUCAGAGACAGAAACCCUGCCUGCAUCACCGUCUCUGUACUGUUCUGUCAUGCUCACAACACACAGGCAGUAGUUCUCUCCACCUCUUUUUUUCCACUUGUAGUCUCUGUCCUCCACCACCUCUCCCCACCCACUAAUUUUAUAACACUGAGCCAUUGGUGCUCAUCACUGUUUGACGGGGGUUCAACCACUUGAGGAAAAGUUACUUCAUAGCUGAAGCGACAGAGUCAGACGCAUCCCCUCCUCCAUUGUGUUUCUUCUUUAGUUUUUUUUAAAAUCUUACACUGUUCUCUGCAAUCUACAGCCACACAAACCCAGUCCCUCACGGGUCGGAUGAAGUGAGCAUCCAUUCCUCUUUUUUUGUGUUUUAGCUUUUUGAAACCAGUACACUUUUAACUGCUCCAGAAACGGACGAGGGGAGAAGAAUAUGUAUAAGAAUUGUCAUUACAGCACAAAUAAAUAAACUUUGUGAAAUACACUGUAUGCUACACACCAGUCCUGUCCUGAGCACUUUGUAUGUAAUAGGCCAUCAUAACAAUGUGGAAAAUGUAGCAGUACUAGAACUACUAGUUUUCUGUAUUUCAGUAAGAAUGUAUUUUUUAAAAGAAAUCACUGUAUGAAGGAGAAGCAAAACCUCUGUUUCACCUAAAUCCUACAAUGCAAGAUGUUUGACCUCACAAAAAAUGUAUUAUUGACUUUUUGUUGUUUGCCAAUGUCACAGCAGACUUAUUUUACAUUGCUGAGUCAGAAGACUACAAAGGGAUCACUAGGAAUAUCUAUAUAUAAAAUCACUUGGAUGAUUAUGGCUAAUUUGUUGUUUUUGUAAUUUUUACCACAAGCACAAUCGAUGGUUUAACAGCUGUACUUCACAUGGCCUCACAAAUGGCAUGGUCCAUUAUAUAUAUUUUUGAAUUGCCCAUGCUCUAUUUCAUUAAGCUGCAAAACCCUUUAUUGCAACAUUCUAUGCUCCAAGAAUGUGUCUAAAACCCUGUAUACUAUACAAAACAAAAAAAAAAGAUCCCCUCAGAGUUUAAAGUGUACAAACACGAUGAAUUUCCAGUACUGGUAUAGAUGGAAGUAUUACUGUUAUAGUAACCAAAGGUUGGGACUUUGUUUGCCUUAAAAGGUAAUUAUUCCAAAAUAGGGCCAUUUCAUUAGUAGCAGGGGUGGUGGAAGUUACUUAAGUUUGAAUUAAUGGACAAAUGUGCUCAAGUAAGAAAAACCAUGUCAAAAUUUCUACUUGAAUAGUAAGUACUUGUUUUUGAAUAUACUCAGAGUAUUGAAAGUAAAAGUACCUGCCAAUGUUGCCUAUCCCCUAACGUUCUAUUGCAGCAUGAAUUGUGCCUACUGUAUAUUCUGUUAACUACAAGAAUAGUACAGAAUCUGUCAUAGUAAUAAAGAAUGAGUCACUAGAUGGCACGAAAAACACUUGUUCAGACCAGUAAAUGGCUAAGAGUGAAAAGUACCUGAAAAUAAAUCUAAGUAAGUCUAGUACAAACACAUGAAAAGUGUGCUUAACUAUUGUGAUGAAUUAAAGGUAGUUUGUUAUAUUCCACUACUGAUUAGUAGGUACAACACUAAUGGCAUGAUGAUGAUAAAAUGACCUGGACAUUUAUGAUUAAGCACUAGUUUAAGUAAGACCUUGCAUUAAAGGGUUUUGCACUCAAAAUGAAGUCACGCUGUGAUACACUCAUAACAAAAUUUAAAUCCAUACGGCAGCAAAUUAAUUCUGCUUUAAUGCUCUUCUUUAAUUGACUGGCCUUUCAACAUCAGACAAGAACUUUGGCAAAUUGAAGCUCACUCCAUCUCAUCCUGUCAGUUUCCCGCUCAUAAAGCCAUAGUUAAAGUGAAUUGCUCCCUUAAUAGCUUCUUGACUACACCUUAUAAACCCCCGCUGGUAAUCCUUGUCGGAUCCCUGCUCGCCCUCGGUCAGGGCAGAUCAGACGCAGUAAUUAUAACAGAUCUAUAACAAAGCCUGAGACAUGGUUGCUACACAAUCCACACUGGGGAUUUUCACUCCCAAAAUGGUCCCCAUUAAAAUAACAGUUUAGUGACUCUGCAGAAGAGUGUUGCUGCUGAGAAAAAGCAACUGCAGAGGGAGAGAUGUGAUGUGGAAAUAUAAAGUUAUUCUGUGGUUACUGUACUUUAGUGCACAUACAAUCAGGUAAUUACACUGCAAUGGCAAACACAAACAAAGACCAAUCAAAAUGACUAAGCGAGUUAUGAUAUUGAUAUGAAAAAAGGAAAACAUGAUAAAAGCACCUUGAGGUAUUUUGGCCUUUUUAAAGAUUUUCUUUUCUGCUGUUUCAUUCUGCUGUAAUUUACUUCAAGGGUAGAUGGGAUGUUCUUGUAUAUACUGGAAUGUAUGUAGUUUUAAUUUACUUUUUGACCAGUUGUGUUCUGUCAUUUAAGGGCUCGGGGACAGAGUUGGGGCGCUGUGGGAUGUUUGGGGGACAUUUUUCAAUCACUUGGUUUUUUUCUCGUUUUGUUUUUUCCAGUCUGCCCUUAAUGCGCCACACGACACAGUAUAAAACUCUCACCACAUAUCUAGUGCAGAGAUAAACAAGUAAAAAGUGCUUUUAAAAUUUUAUUCCAUCGCUUUCAAAUGUGCCACUCAGUGUCUGUUAGGACGUUUAAAUUAUUUUAUGAAUGAUAAAAUGCCAAAUUAAGGGGUUAUUUAUAUGAAAAUAUAUAUAAAUAAAUGAAUAUAUAUAUAUAUUAUAUAUAAUGUGUAGUUUUACGAUUGUUUUUAGAGGCUUUUUUGCACUAGUUGUAUGUUUUAUGUUGUGUGAUUACAUGUAACCUUUGGCUCUAGUUUGUCAAAAAGCAGAUUAUUUUUGCAGAGCAACGUCACCGAGUUUGAGUUCCUCAGAUUCUACUGUAUCUCCCCUUUGUUUUCUAUUUGAACUGUAGCUUGUCAACAAACCAUUCUGUGCGCGUUUUUGUAUUUAUAUUGUAUUGUUGAACUUAUAGCAAUGAAAAUACUGUUGUUAUCCAGCUCCUUUAAUACUGUUUUAUAGUAUGUGUACCAAUAAAUCCAGGUGUAAAAUGGGACAUAACCAUGUGGUUCCUUUUUUGUUUUCUUGCAAUUGUGUGUUAUUUUGUUACCUCUGACAAUUAAGGAGGUUUUCAUAUAAGUUUGUUUUUGGAUGUUGGUUAGCAGGACUACACAAAAACUACUCAGGUUUCCAGGAAAUUGUGUGGCCCAGGGAAGAACCAAUUAUAUUUUAUAUAAAUCAGGAGAUGGAUCCGGAAACUUUUUUCUUUUUUUUUAAACCCUUCUUUAACAGUGUGGGAUAAUUUU